AUGGAUCCACCAAUACCCGAAUUUUUACAAAAUGAUGAUGAUCACGAAGAAGCAGGUCCCAGUGUAAAAAUUGAAGAGGAUGGUCCGAGUUGUCUUGUUUGUGGUCGCGUUGCAAACACAGGACAUCAUUACGGUGUGACGGCUUGUCUUGGAUGCAAAACGUUCUUCAGAAGAGUUGUUCUUCAGAAAAACUCACCGAAAUGCAAAUACAAGAAUCAGUGUCGAUUGGAAAAAAGUGUGAACGCAAAAAGAUUGUGCAGAAGCUGCCGAUACCGAAAAUGUUUGGAAGUUGGAAUGACCGAAGAUGCUCUCCAUCCUUGCCGUGAUGUCAUCGGCCGCCGAGUUCGCCAUCAUUCUGUGGAUUCUUCUCCUAUUUCCAGUCCCCCAUCAAUAUCAAUAUCACCUCAGAUAUCGAUAUGCAAAAUGAUGUCCUUAUGCGAUGGAGACUUCGAACUUUUGCAGACGAUCACCGAAAUGGACACAGAAAUUCGAACACGGACUGCGCAUAUUCUUGGAGAGCCAUCGAAUGGAGAUCAGCAAAUUCAUUUCUACAGUCCAACACCCGAUUACACAAAUGUAUCGGUCAACCAUGGAAUCGGUCCUUCGCUAAAAGUUGAUAUAAUCCUGUUAAAAGAAUGGGUUGGUCGGAUUCCUGGUUACUUGGAUCUGAGUGAAAGGUGUCAGGAACAUCUGAUGAGACGGUUUUGUUUGAGAUAUACUGUCAUCGAACACGGUCUUUUCACUGCUCAAAUGCCAUAUCAUAAGAAUGUUUGGUUUCUCUCCGAUCGAACAUGUCUAGUCAGUGAAUUCGAAAAUCUUCCGGAAGAAAUUCAUCGUCAUUUGACACCGAAAGUGAUAAGAGAACAAAAACUGUUGGCUCCAUUCACAGAGAUGCUCAUUCAUGACGUGGCAGAUCCAUUGAGAAGAUUGAAGCCAGAUUCAGUGGAAAUUGCUACUGUGAAAACAUUGAUGUUGUUAAAACCGACAUGUCUCAAAGAAAUAGAAGGAGAAUAUCUGGCGACUCAGAGAGAUUUGAAAACCAUCAAUGAAGUGAGAAAUCGAGUUAUCGCUGGACUUUAUACUCAUUUCAUUAAAAAAGGAAUUGAUCCGGAACAACUACCAAUUAGGAUUAGUGAGAUUCUCGAAUUGACGGGCGGUGUAGAAAUAUGUGCAAACCGUGCUUUGGAGGAAAUGCAACUACUUCGUGUCUUUAAUUUAUCUUCUUUCGACCAAUACAGUGCUGACGUGAUUUUUGGAUUUUAUCGAGAUUAUUAG